AUGAAGUUGCUGCUGAAAUACACCUAUCGUUUUGUUAUUCCCGAAGACAGGUUGGAUGAUCAGGUUCGUCACCUGAUGAGAGUAGAUUUGACAAGAUGUACUGAUGUGGUUGGUUCAUCUGCUGCAUCACUAUUGCAGACGUGUGGGCGUCUUGAUAGUUUUGGGCGUAAUAUUGUAAUUAUUAAUGAGGUGUUUGCUACUGAUUGGCGUGUAGAACAGGUCAAAAUGCUUUCAGUGGUCGACAGAAGGAGUAAAUCCUUUCUGAUCACAGGAAACAAAUUUGAGCGCAUCUGUCAUAUUAAAAUUGAAAGCAGCAUAAAUACCGCUCAGGAAGGUUCUAUAUUACAAGUAACGAAAUUAUUUAUGGUAGAGGACGGUAAAGUGGACGCAAUGACGUCAAUUGAAUAUCGAAUAACACGCGAAAUGGUGAUUUGA